AUGGCACAAUUCCAUUCUCUCCAUUUUCUCCAGGGCAACAUCAACCACUGUGCCAGAGCUCAGGAUCUCCUACUCCAGAGCAUGGCAGAGUGGUCGAUUCACGUGGCUGUGGUCGCCGAACCGUACUUCAUUCCCGCCCGUGACAACUGGUUGGGAUGCGCUGACGGUUUGGUGGCCAUUAUUGGCGAGACUCUGAUCGACCCGUCUCGGGGCCGCGGCUGGGUUGCUGCGGUCUCGGGCGGCAUCGUUAUUGUAGGGGCGUAUUUCUCCCCCAACAAGAAUCUCGCCGACUUUGAGGGUUUCCUUGUCGAGUUGGGCGCCGUCGUAGGCCGCUAUCACCCUCGUCCCGUUCUGGUGCUCGGGGAUCUCAACGCCAAGUCAUCGGCGUGGGGAUCUCCGGUCACUGACCCUCGGGGCGAGGUGUUAGAAGAGUGGACGGUGACGACUGGUCUGGUCGUCCUGAAUCGGGGUUCGGAAUACACGUGCGUGCGGCAGCGGGGUGGGUCGAUAGUGGACGUCUCGUUUGCUAGCCCCUCUGUCGCCAGCCGAGUCCGCGACUGGCGUGUCGCCGCAGAGGUGGAGACGCUGUCGGACCAUCGGUAUAUCCGGUUCGACGUCUCUGCCCAGACUGCGAGCGGCCGCCAUCCAACAACCCCGAUUAACGACGGCCCGCGUUGGGCGCUUAAGCGCAUCGACAGGGAACUACUCGAAGAAGCUUCCCUAGUCCAGUCCUGGAUACGGGAGUCGACAACGGACGGCCCCGUCGACGUCGAAGCGGUGGCGCUAUGGUUUCGCGGGGCGUUGACGCAGAUCUGCGACGCGUCCAUGCCCCGUGUCCACCAACGGUCCGCAAGGCGCCAGGUGUACUGGUGGACCGCCGAGAUCGCGCAAUUGCGCAUAGCGUGCGUUACGGCUCGUCGCCGGUACACCCGAUACCGGAGGCGGCGUCGACGGGAUCCCGCCGAGGAGGACGCGCUGUAUGAGGUGUACCGCGCGUCUAAGGAGACUCUGUGGCUGGCCAUCGGCGACUCAAAGUCGCGUGCCAGGGAAGAGCUGCUGGGAUCCCUAGAUCGGGAUCCGUGGGGGCGCCCCUACCGUUGGGUACGGGGCAAGUUGCGUCCCUGGGCGCCUCCACUAACACAAACGAUGCAACCCCAGUUGCUAGAGGCGGUGGUAUCGGCUCUCUUCCCUGAGCGAGUGGGACACGUUUCCCCGGCGAUGGCUUCGCCCUCAGCCACAGACUCUCCAGAAGAGGAGAGCACCGACGUCCCCGAGGUGACGCAAACAGAGACGAGAGCGGCCGUGUCGCGACUCCGGGCUAAGAACACAGCGCCCGGACCCGACGGAGUUCCUGGUCGAGCUCUCGUCCUGACUCUGAAGGAGCUAGAGCCCCAGCUGAGAGGGCUCUUCACGGCAUGUCUCGAGCAGGGUCAGUUUCCCAGUGUGUGGAAGGAGUGUGGUCCCAAUGUGGGGAGGCUGGUCCUGCUCAGGAAGGAGGGGCGCCCCGCGGACUCACCGUCCGCGUACCGGCCCAUAGUGCUGCUCGACGAGGCGGGCAAACUUCUUGAGCGCAUCAUCGCAGAUCGCCUCGUCAGCCACUUGUGCAGAGAGGGGCCGGACCUGGACGAGAACCAGUUUGGUUUUCGCCGCGGGCGCCCCACCAUAGAUGCUAUUACGCGCGUGAGGGCCCUGGCGGAGGAGACAGUAUCCCGGGGUGGGGUGGUGCUGGCGGUGUCCUUAGACAUCUCCAACGCCUUCAACACCCUACCCUGGAGUUGUAUUCGGGAGGCGCUGAAUUACCAUCGCGUGCCUCCCUACCUCCGCCGCACAAUAGGGGCUUACCUUGAGGAGAGAUGCGUUACCUAUUGGGGACGUGACGGCGCUGGUCGGUGCGUCAUGUCGUGCGGUGUUCCGCAGGGAUCGGUCUUGGGACCGCUCCUGUGGAACAUCGGCUACGACUGGGUGCUGAGAGGUGAACUCCCGUCGGGCGCCGACUUGACGUGUUAUGCGGACGACACGCUAGUCACUGCCCGGGGGAGUUCGCACAGGGAAGCAGCGUUGGUUGCCACGGCUGCGGUGUCACAAGUGGUGAACCGCAUCCGGCGCCUGGGCCUGGAGGUGGCCCUAAAUAAGUCGGAGGCCAUGGUGUUCCAUGGCCCUCGACGCGCGCCGGCGCCGGGUUCACAUAUCGUGGUCAGCGGGGCCCGGAUAGCUGUCGAGUCCACCAUGAAGUAUCUGGGAUUGGUGCUCGACAGCUGA